AUCCUCCCUAGGCUUACCUAACCGCGGAUAUAAGCCGAGUCAUUUUGCGUAUGAUUUUUACAUUUCCCUACUAGCGAUAUCGAGCGUUUCAAUUGUUACGGCUGCGCGUGCGGGCACGUGGUUCCGGUAAUGGAGCAGACGUAUAUGUGAGGUUAUGUUACCAGCCACUCCACAUACUAAAAGAAAAUGUUAGGAAGAAAAACGAUUAGAAUUUCUUGGUGUCAAUUUCGUAAUAGAGCUUUGCAUAAGCAAGCGUCUAAUCUAACUAUUGACAAUGAAAAACUCAGUUUAUCAAAAAUACGAAACAUUGGAAUCUUGGCCCAUAUCGAUGCUGGGAAAACUACAACAACAGAACGGAUGCUUUUCUACUCGGGAACUAUCCAUAAUAUGGGAGAGGUUCAUCAUGGAAAUACAGUAACGGAUUAUAUGGACCAAGAACGGCAGAGAGGCAUUACUAUUACUUCUGCAGCAGUUACAUUCAACUGGAAAGAUUAUAAAUUUAAUCUGAUCGAUACUCCUGGUCAUAUUGACUUCACAAUGGAGGUAGAGCAAACUCUAGGGGUUCUCGAUGGAGCUGUGGUUAUUUUAGAUGGAUGUGCCGGUGUAGAAGCUCAAACGAUAACUGUCUGGAGGCAAGCGGAUAGGUAUGAUAUACCUAGGAUUAUGUAUAUAAACAAAAUGGACAGGGUAGAAGCAAAUUUACAAGCAAACUUAAACUCUAUUCAAAAUAAAUUAGAAACAAUUCCAUUGCCAGUACAACUUCCAGUUAAAGACGAUACAGGUUUAGUUGGUAUUGUCGAUGUACUAACAUUUGAAAAAGUUACUUUUAAUAAAAAGAAUCAAGGAAAGAAUUUCAUGCGAGAACCGCUGACAGAGUCAAAUGAUGGAAAACUGUGGGAAACCGCAAGUGAGAUACGUAGAACAUUAACAGAUAAGUUAACGAGUCUGGAUGACGAUUUAGCAAAUGUUGUCAUAGAACAGGAAUCUUUGGAUGAGAUUCCAGCCCAGGUGUUAGCAGAUUCUCUACGCAAGGUUACCAUCGACAGAAAAGGAGUACCCAUCCUUCUAGGUAGUUCGUACAAAAAUAUUGGUGUUCAGCCAUUAAUGAAUGGUGUCAUUUUAUAUUUACCUUCACCAGACACAUCCAAACGAUCCAAGGUAUAUAACUGCUUUAAUAGAAAUCUUUCCGCCAGAGUGUUUAAAAUUGUUCAUGACAAACAAAGGGGACCGAUUUCAUUCUUCAGGAUAUACACAGGAAAAUUGACAAAAAGUCAAAAGGUGUAUAACGUACAAAGAGAAAAGACAGAAGUAAUCGGACGAUUGUAUACAGCCUAUGCUGACAACUAUGAAGAAAUUCCUGAAAUCAAUCAUGGAAAUAUAGUUGCAGUUACAGGAUUGAAGUCUACUGUUUCCGGCGACUUGAUAACAUCGUCUGCUUCUGUCGCGAAUCGUGCAAAAGAAAGUUUACAAAACAUUAAUUCUACUGAGGCUGAAAAUUGUUUUACUGUCGGUACAAAUGUGCCAGAUCCAGUCUUCUUCUGUGCCAUCGAACCACCAUCCUUGUCGUACCAAAGUGCAUUAGAUGUUGCGCUCGAGGAACUGGGAAGAGAGGAUCCUAGCAUGCGGGUAUCACAGGAUGCAGAAACCGGUCAAACAAUCCUCGCAGGAAUGGGAGAACUACACAUCGACAUAAUUAAGGAGAGGAUUAAAACAGAAUAUGGCAUCGAAGUGGAUCUAGGACCUUUACAGAUCGCUUACAAGGAGACCAUAAAUAGUCCCAUAAAAGAUUCGUACUCUUGUCAGCAUAAAAUCGGUAAUCUGAAACACAGUGUGAAUAUUACUCUUUCUCUCAUACCCGACUACAAGGAAAAGGAGAUCCUCAAGUUCGAUAGGUCACGAGAGUCUGCAGCAAAUAUCGCAGCCAUUAAUCCAAAACUAAUACAAGCUAUAAAACUUGGAAUCAAUGCUGGUUUUGCCAAUGGACCCCGGUUACAUUGCCCUGUCAUCAACGUUGGAGUGAUAUUACAUUGGCUGGAGGUUGGUCGAGGCACAUCGGACACAAUAGUGUCCGCAGCUGUUACGCAGUGCAUUCAAAAGAUGUUGGAGUCGACUAGCAUCAGUCUGUUGGAGCCGAUAAUGCUGGUCGAGGUUGUAAGCUUGGAGGAAAAGUCUUCGGGUGUCCUGGCAGAUCUCUCUCGAAGGAGAUCCGAGAUCCAAAAGAUCACCCCAAGGGGACAUAACAAGGUAAUCGAGUGUUUCGUUCCAUUGGCGGAGCUACUCGGCUAUUCCACGGCACUAAGGAUAAUCACUUCCGGCAACGCGACCUUCUCGAUAGAGUUCGAUCACUAUCGGUCCAUGGAUCCGAUGGACGAGGAAAAGGCCAUUAGAAGAAUCACCGGAAUCUAGAAAGUAGCUUCCAGCAAAAAAACACCCAUCUUGUAUAUAACAACGCAAUAUGUAAAUAAUUAGUCGAUGAUGUAGAUUCGAUGUAGGUUUGUGGUGCGUACCGCAAUUAAAGCUCCACGUUGUAAUGCGAUAAUGUUUAAUCGUAUAAUUCGCGGCCUUACUCGGCCGCUCGAGAACUAAACAAAAUAUAUUGCAUCGUCAGUGGUGUACAUUAUACGUUUACACAAUCAUGAGAUAUCUCGCGACAAUCGCCCGCACAGCCAACGCUGGUUACAAGUUCUGCCGAAGCAAAGAGAAAACCGCUAGCGAACUA